AUGUGGCCUCUGUCCCCCGCCCUGCCCCGGUGCCCCACGGAGGAGAUGCUGCUGCGGGCGCUGCGGUUACCCCGCUCCUGCACGGCCGCUGCCGGCUUCUCGGCUGAUGCUCGCGGGCCCCUGGAGCGGAGCAGGAUGAUGGGGACGUGGCCGGGCUGGGGCUGGCUCCUUCUCCCAGCGUGCCAGGCUCUCUUUGCCCCCCGGGAGGUCAGCGGCCGCGCGGGCCAGGCGCUGUCCCUGCACUGCUGGUACGCGCCGGGCUACCAGGGCUACAACAAGUACUGGUGCCGCGGGGCCUCGCGGGACUCCUGCCGCAAGGUGGUGGAGACAGCGGGGAGAGAAGUGCCCCGGCAGCGCGGCCGGGUCUCCAUCACGGACAACCACGUCUUCUGCCUCGUCCUGCUCACCCUGGAGGGGCUCUCGGAGGAGGACGCUGGGAGCUACUGGUGCGGGGUGGAGCGGGCGGGGAGGGACAUCAUGACACCGGUUACCAUCAGGGUUUUGCCAGCCACCCCCUCGCCCUGGCUCUCCGACGCCACGACCGAGCUCCUCUACACGGCCAACAUCACCAAUGGGGCUGCAGGAGCACAGCGCCAGCCUCCGGGGGCAGAGACAAACAGCCCCGCUCCUCUUGCCUCCAGCCCCCCCAGGUCAGCCCUGAGCGCCCUGGUGCCCACGGUGGUGCUGCUCUCCCUGCUGGCUGUGGCCGGCUCUGCCGGGCUCAUCUACGUCCUGUGGAGGAGGAGGGAAGGUAAGGGCACCCAAAGGUGCCACUGCGCCCUUCCCAGGCACAGCGGGACCCAUCCGGGGGAGCUGAGCGGGGCAGGAGCUGGGGAACCUGGAGGGGGUUAGGCUGCUUUGCCACGGCUCUUCUUUCUGCCCCCAGACCUCUGGAGACCCCUGGGAGCGGUGAGAUCUAAGCCGAAGGACCGGGCGCAGCUGCACCAUACGGCAAGUGCCCGGCGAGCCCCCCCGGGACCACCGGUCCCCACGAGCCCCCCCUGCAGCUGCAGCCUUCGGACUCCUCUGGGUGCCCGGGGGCACGGCUGGAGCCCGCGGGGCUGAGCCUGGCAGGGAGCGGGGCCGGCCGCCCCCUGACCCCGCUGCCUGUUUCAGGAUUCUGGGGACACGCCGCCCCCUCGCAGCAAAACCCCUCCGACCCCCUCCAAGCCUGCCUUCGCCGGGGAGCUGGACAACGUCUACAACGAGCUGGACCUGACAAAGGUGAGAGCCCCGGCACGGGCAGCAGGGAACCGGGAAGCCCUGCAGCACCCGGCCGUGCCGUGCCGCCUGCUGAGCCCCUGCCGUGCCCCAGGGCCCUGGGGACACGCCGCCCCCGCGGCAGGGCAGCAGCGCCGUGGAGCAGGACGCCGAGCUGGAGGACGAGAACUUCUACAUCAACAGCUUUUGCCAGGACAGGAGCUGGGGGGGGUCCGGCCACGGCACCCAGCAAAGAAAUUAAUUCCUCCGGUCGUAAGGGAGCGCCGCGGGCAGGCAGCGGGGUCCCCAGGUGGUCCCCUGCAGAGACACCGGCGCUUUGCUCCGAGCUGGGCAGGGAGCAGGGGGGCUGCAGCGCGGGAAUGAGCUUCACCAGGGGCUGCGGUUCCAUCACGGGAGGAUCUCAGCAGCUCGACUGCCUCUGCCCAUGGACAGAGCCCCCGGAGCCCGGGGACACCCCAAUUCCCCACCCUAAGCGUGUCCCCGCUCCAUCCCAACCUCCUGCUGCUGCUUCUGCGGGUUGAGCAACGCCUCCAGAUGGGAAAAAUACAUCCGAUUCCUUUGCACGCUGGUGUGCGGGAUGUUUUCCUGGCUUGGAUGUAAAUGGGUUGCUUUAAAUUUAGAUAAAUGGCAAGAAAGAACCUCCCUGGUGGGGCUCAGUGAGGAAGGGAUGGGACAACCCAGCGCCUCUGGGACUCCCUGGGUGAAAAAGGGACCCCGGGGACCCCGGUGGUGCUGGGGCCGUGCCGGUGGGUGCUCGGGGGCACCAGGGAGAGGGGAAACAAAGCUCAGAGCAAGGAAAGAGGAGAGGAACCUGGGGAUGUGGCAGUGAGGCUUCGCUGCCAGGUUUCCCUGGGAGGUUUAUCAGCAGAAAGCAGGUUGGCAGCUGCCGGCCACUUCUUGAAUUUACAUCUUGAGGUUAUCUGCCGUGCGUCAGGGGCCAGGAAGGUGGAGGGCAGCUCCCAGCCAGCCCCCCGGCUCUCUGGGAAGGGAGAUACCCCAUGGCCGGGGGAAAACACCAAGCUUCCUCUCGCCCUACAGGGACGGGCAGUGUGGGAGGCGGGGGACAGACGGGCAGGACAUGGGGAAGGAGCUGCCUCAGCCUCCGGCGGGGUCUUGCUUUCCCCUCUUCCCAAGGGGCACAGAGGAAGAAAGCCACUGGCCCGGGAGCUGCCGGGAAGUGGCUCUGCUUCUGCAGCCUUUGGGCUUCUGCAGCUUUCACUGGAAAGGUUUAAUUUCGGGGGAAGAGCAGCAUUGCCACUCAAAGGCCAUAUUCGGGCCAGAAGAGGUGGUUUGGGGGGAAUCCAGACACUUCUGCUCGACAAAACAAACAAGAGCAGCCCUGCCUUGGGCACUCUGUGGGGGGGCUCGGCCUGACGCCGUGCCCGUGGGGUGGGCACGUGGCUCCUUCCACCCCGGCACAGCUGACCCACACCUUCCCUCUCGUCCUCCUACCCCUUGUCCCCAUUCGUCUCAGCCACCCCGUGGCCCUGCAGGCGCUGAUCUCCUUCCAGGGGCUUGAGUCUCAGGGGCGCAGGAGAUGGGGGGGGAGCGGGUUCUGCAGUCCCGUGGGCAUCACCCCGUACCACCGCCUGACCCCGCACCAGCACCGCCUGCCUGGGGUCAGCUCCGUCCCCGCGGGCAAGUGAAAAGUGCUGGUGGCUGCAGAAAAGCCACAGCCAUUGGAGGUCGCAGGUGCAGUGCUCCCAGGCUGAGUAUUUAAAUUUUCCUUGGAG